GGCCAGUUACGGAAGCUGUGUCGUAGCCUAAAAUGAUAUGGCGACUUCCGGUUUUUUUAGAAUCUUGGCUUCUAACGUGGCUAUUUAAAGUAAAUGAGCUAUAAUUUGGCAUUUUUCAACACCGGUUAUUAUAUUUUUAAUAAGGUAAUUGUUAUUCUUAAUAGUGGGCUAAAAAUAAAAGUUGUUGUUAUUACUAAAUCUUCGAAAACCUACUUCGUUAUGUGCCACCUCAUCACCCUUUCUCGAUAAUCGGAACAUUUUUUUUACAUCCCAUCCAAGCAAGAUCUAAAUCUAAUUGCCAACUAUGAAGUAUGUCCUACAAUUACAAAUACUUUCAUUGUAUUAAAUUACUUAGGGCCUAAUGCAAUAAGUUAAACUUGUUUAUUCGUCUUUAAUAUGUUCCUGAUGACCUGUUCCAUACAGAGUCUAGAUACAUUUUUCUCCAAUAAAUAAGAAUAGAAAUAGAAAUAAUAUUAAUGAACUUUGCCCUUACAGUUACAGUACUGACCUACUUUUUGCUUGUAUAGCAGUGGGUCGCGACCACUUUCGGGGUCGCACAACCCUUUCACAGGGGUCGCCUAAGACCAUCUGAAAACACAUAUACUCUACAGUUAUAAAGUAAAGUAUCGACGAAAAUAAUGUUGUGAUUGGGGGCGCCACAACAUGAGAAAGGUUGAGAACCACUGUUGUAUAGCCUAUCCCAGCUAUUAUGUUGCUAAUUAUUCCCUGUGGCCCACACAUUAUUUUGGAAUGAGCGAAAAUUUGAUAGGUUUGAAAAUUAUUUUUUAACUUUGUUUGGUUGAUUUUGGGUUAGCGGUAAGGCUGCUGAUGUGUUCCAUGGUUCCAGAGGUUUCUCCCCAAUAAACUUCAGUCUAAAGCGAUGUUCUCAAAAGAUUUCGAUGUUAGUGUUCAUGUGAUGCAAGUUUUUGUUUUCUUAUUUUACAUUUUUGAAAUAGCGGGGAGGGGAGACCUCACCCCACAGGGUUUCUAUGUUUCUUAUGUUAUAUUGUUAUUUAAAGUUGUGGGAGGGGAGGGGGGGGGACUCCCCAGUCCAGAGAAGAUCAUUCCAAAUGCAAUUUAAGCAGUAGUCUCCCUUUUAUUACAUACGGGUACUUGGAUUUUUGGCACAUAUCUUUUUUUUCCCGCUGGUGUUGGGUCUUGGGAUAUCGGCAAGGAUGUGUUUCCUUUUCCUUUCUUUUGAAAUGUUUAAGUUGAAUUUUAAUACAAAUUAUUGGAAAAUUUCAUUUUAAUAUGGUUUAUGACGUGAGCAAUGCUGAUUAAAGUACAGGAAUGUUUUCACACACAUAGUUCGGGUCAUACAGAAAAUGGGUGUUUUCACCGUAAGUGUAGUGUUGGGAUUCGCCAAAGUGAGUGGCAAAACCCAUACUGUUAACCAAAAAUUUACCCUUUGUUGUUUUAAACAAUUGAUAACAACAUUUAGAGAAUUAUCUGUUCAGAAAUGGAUAAGUGAAAGUUUAUUUAAAAACUAAAGUGUUUUGUUCAAACUUUUCAUUGGCAAUGGCACACUAGGGGAUUGUGCGGCUAGCACCGUGUCCAUUCGAUCUUACUAAAUCAAUAUCUAUGUUGACACUAGUCAAAAACCUGUCAAACCUACAGGCUCCCGUAGGCGUAAAUUUUGAACUAUAGUAGGCCUAUUUCAUCCCCCUCUUUCUUAUCAGAAUCAUCUAAUCCCAAUUAAAGCUCAAUAAUAGUUUCAGAACAAAAGGUUUCAUCAAGUUAGUCCAUUUUUUUAUUCACAUGAGCUAUUCAAAUAAAAAUUAAAAUAUUGGCUAUUGUAUGGGUGGAUGGCUCUAAACCAAACUUAGUGCAAAUGCACUGAAAUUAUCCAUAUUCAAAUACCCGGUACUGAACUCAUAUUUCCUUUUAUUUUUAUAAGAAAAUAAGGGAUAUUAAUACCAGUAGGCAUAGAAAACAGUAUAGGGUUCUCCUUCAAUCUACGUCAAGGUUGGUAGACAUGCCCUUCAUAGUCUAUAAUGAAAUAUCUGUUGAUGUUAAAAUAAUAAUAUUCUCUUUAUUUAGUGCCGGUCUAGAAUAUUUCAGAAAGUUCUAUAAUUUUAAAAGCUAGAACUCCUGGAUUUUUCAACAGAUUUUAAUGGGACAACUGUGAUAUUUAUCUGAUUGAUAGGGUCACUUACCUUAGACAUAAAUAAAACGGAACCUUAUGGACUGGGCACACACUAGGUUUUUACUUAAAUCUUAAAAGAAAAAUAGGUAUUUCAUUUAUUUUUCGUGUUCAUAAGAAAUGUACAUAGAAGAGACGUUUUUCUCAAAGUGUCUUGUUGGGAUUAAAUUAAAUCUAGAAUUUUCCAGAAAUUUCUAUUUUGUUCCCCAAGGAUAUAAAUUCAGAUGUAAAAGCUUAUGAAAAUGUUAUUUUAGUUCUAUAGUUUUUAUUCUAGUAGGUUUGAUUUUUCUACAACCAUUUUAGGAUUAUAUAAUUAAUAUAAAUGUCCUUAUUAUGAGUUUACUCAAUGUUUAUUAUGAGUUUCCUCGGAUGUGAUGAAAUAAGAUUUGAAUAUUUUUUUGAAAGUUUCUAGAAAGUUUCAAAUUAACUUUCCCUCAUCAUGUCUUCAGCUACAUACAUAAAUGAAGUUAAUGGGUUUUAACAUACCCUUAAGAUUCCCACUGGGGAACAGGAUCCUGCUGCACAUCCUAUUUUAUUUCAAGUGAUGAACUACCAUAGCUUUGGCAUUGGUGAAUAAUCUUUUUGACUGGGACAACUUUUCUAUUCUGAUUUGUUUUUAAAUCGUGAUUUUUCACUGGCCCAUCUUGAAUAUUAAUGGGCUCAAGACUGUUUUCAAAAGUUAUUAUAAUGUCUUAUUAUUGGAUAAAAUUCAAAAAUUGUAAGAAAAAAAUUCUUUAGUGCCAGUUAGUGCCUUUUUUUUAACCGGGCCUUUAAUUUUGAUGUAAGCCGAUAAAGAUAUAGAAGUUUUUUUUUUACGAAUAGUAUCCUUGGCAACGCCUGUUAUAUUGACUAGUGGUUUAAUAAAGUUUGUUUGAAUCUGGAUACAAAGAGAGUGCAACUCAGUUAAAUAUUUAUUUGAAUACAACAAUUGUUUGUGAAAGUGUGGAUUUUCAAAGAAUUAUUAGAGUCAGAAAUCAUCAUUUGUGUCGAGUGUGAGGGUGAGAUUGAGCAGGCCAUGUUUUGUUGUGUUUUUUUAAAAUUCAGUAAAAGAAUAAGUCCUCUCUGACAUAGAUAUUAUUUGAAAUUAAUUUGUUUUGGACCAUGAUGUACAUGUCAAUGUGCAUUAAUUUGGUUAAUACUGAUAUUAUUACCAUAUUUAAAUGUUACAGGAACAGAGUCUCUGACUAAAAUGAAUCCAGGUGACUCUGCUCCUGCUCCACCAGGGGCAGCCUACAAGCUCUAUAAGACAAUUUCUAAUGUAAGUAUUGUUGAAUGAACUGAUACACUUUGUCAUAUUUUAAAUAAAGUAACAAAUCAGCCCGUGGAGGAGAAAAAAAAACUUAAGUUCAUUUUAUUUUGACUAUAACCCAUCUUUUUUCCCCCAGAGGCAUCAAUACUACCUAGACAAAGCUACACCCCAUGUGAUUGCCAGAUGGGUCUUCGCUGUUAUUUUUGGUGCAGCCUACUCAUUCAGAGUGUUUUUCUUACAAGUAAUUAUCCUAAACUUUUUAAUCCUUUUUUUAAAAUCUUAGACAGUACCAGUAAUUUAGAUGAAAUAAAUCUUUAUUAUUUUAGUUUUAAAAAAAAAUAUCAUAGGAAAUGCUUGAUAUUUAAAUAAUGACAUUACAUGAUUCUUUGUCAUAAUUAUAAUGGAAAUUUUCUGCUUUUGUUCUUCUUAGGGCUGGUAUAUAGUUACGUAUGCAUUAGGCAUAUACCUGCUGAAUCUAUUUAUUGCCUUCCUUACACCUAAGAUAGACCCAGCUGCAUAUGAGGAUUCAGGUUAGUGGAUGUUUUCUCUUUUUGAUUCUCGUUUGGCAUGUUCAUUCCUCUGUAUGCUUGCCAGCUAGUGCAAAUAUUACUCGCUUGCUUAAGAAUCAUGUACAGGAACUAAUUAUAUAAUUUUUGUCCCAUUAAAACUUUUAAAUCACUAAAAUAGGAUCUUUAAUUAAGAAAGACGGUUUAAUCAUAUUUAUUUGGAAAGUAAUAAUUGUACCGGUAAUAAGGUUUUUAAAAGUUACAACAUAUACUCUUUGUUUAGGCCAUUUCCUUAGUUUGGGGUUGUUGAAGUGGGAAUUUGUGGUUUACUCACAGAUAGGUCACUUUGGGGUGAUAUAUAAAGGAUGACAGCAGAUAUGGGGUUAAUUCAAAAUGCUGCAGGGGUUGGGGGGGGCGGCAAAGGGUCUUGAGGACGCCCGCAAGCUAUCUUUUUUUUUUUUGUUGUUGUUUUUAUAAGCAUUUUUCUCUAUAGCUGAUCUAUUUGCGAAUUUCAAAGGAUUUAUAAUAAUAAAUCACCAGGAAUUUAGAAAAAUACUGCAUAAGGGAUAUCACUCAUAUUUGGUUCCUAUUUCUCAACAAAUCUAAACAAGAUGUUUUUUUUCUGGUUCAUAUUAAUUGAAUGAUUUAUAUAUCCACAUAUUAAAAGCGCAGAAAAAUUAAAAAUAUUAAGACACCCCACCCCCAAUGCAUCCAUAUACACACUUAUUGUGUUUGUACAAUGUGCUUCAGCUGCCCCCCCCCCUUAACAAAUGAAGUCAAGGCAACUUAUUCAUAAAUUUUUCCCUAAAUUGAUGUUGAGAAGUGGUCCACCCUGAGCAGGACUGAUAGGGGGGGGGGGUGACAUUUUCUGCAAGUGCAGAGUUUUUUGUGGCAAUGGGAGACUAAGAUAUUUGACGGUGAGGUGAUGCACUAACCCAAUCUACGCCAAGGCCCUGGGAUAAUUAUAUGUUUCAAACACGUAAGGGGGGGGGGGGGGGGGGGAGAUCCAAUUUUAACGAAUUAUAUAUUUUUUUUUGAAACACUUUUAUGUUGUUUUUUAAAUUUUUUUUAAUGUUGAUCUUAUUUUCAAUUGGUUAAAUUUUAAAAAAUCUGCAAGUGCAGAGUUUUUUGUGGCAAUGGGAGACUAAGAUAUUUGACGGUGAGGUGAUGCACUAACCCAAUCUACGCCAAGGCCCUGGGAUAAUUAUAUGUUUCAAACACGUAAGGGGGGGGGGUGGGAGGAGAUCCAAUUUUAACGAAUUAUAUAUUUUUUAUUGAAACACUUUUAUGUUGUUUUUUACACUUCUUUUAAUGAUGAUCUUAAUUUCAAUUGGAUAAAUUUUAAAAACCAUUUGAUGUAAUUGAUAUUUAGACUUUGUGAUUAAAAAUUCACUUUUUUGUAACAUUUGUCUGAAAAUAUGAAAGACUGCAAAUGUUAGUUUUAGCUUGUUAGAUGUGAUCUUUUUCAAUCAUAUUCUUUUUUUCAGAUGGUGAUGAUGGCCCUGGAUUGCCAACUAAAAAUAGUGAGGAGUUCAGACCAUUUAUGCGACGGCUACCAGAGUUUAAAUUUUGGUUUGUUUAUUCACCUUCUUUUUUGUUUCUUCCCGUUCAUUUUAAAUGUUUGUUUAAUUCUCUGUUAACAAUUUGUAAUUAAAUGAGAUUCAAGGCUAUUUUUAAGUUAAUUAUAGAAAUUCUUUAAAGUAGUAAAGGCAGAAAAUGUAUUUAUAGUAACUGAUUUAAAUGAUAACUAUAAUAACUUUUCAGUAUAUCAUAUACUUUUUAAAAAGAUUUUAGCCAUUGCAGCUUAAAGUUACUUGUUAUAAUUAUAGCACAUGUAAUUCAUAGCCCUUAUAGCGCCCCCACAUGCUGGUUAAGCCUAACACAGUGUAAAAAAAGUGUUUUCACACAUAACUAACUCCAGGGCAAAGAAAUUAAUUGCAUCAUAUUUUCAUGCUAUAAACAUAAAUAGUAACUUUUAACAUUUUUAGUGAAGAGAAAGAUGUAUUUUUACAAAAUGCAUACAGAUUUGUAUACAUAUUAUAUUUGACUACCAAAAUUUAAAUGUUCAAUUCAAGCUUUUGUUCUUUGAAUUCUCAUUUCAUUGAAAUAUUUUACAUUCCUGAUGUGCUCUUAUUUUCAGGAUGAUUUAUUUGUUUUUAAGUUGUGGUUAUACGCAUGUUAUGGAAGAUGCUUCGGAAUAUAUUGUCAUUAUUCACUGCAAUUUUGUGUCACGUUGGUGACAGGCAUAAUUAAUGGACAAAAAUUCUGGCCGGUGACAUAGUGAUAUAAAUUGUUGAUUAUAAAUUAAAAUAAAGAUGUAGUUUAGUGGUUACCCUUUGGAGUCAGGGAAAGAUCUAUUCCUCUGGCAGUGGACAGAAUUUACCUUCUGUUUAGCAAUUUAGAGAACAAAGUCAGAAACGGUAAAUUGAAGGAUGAAAGAAAAAGGGCAACCUUCUCGAUUGCUAUCAACCAACUUCCGCCUUUUAUCUUUUUGCUCCCAAAAUUGACAAUUUUCUCUUCCACACCACAACCUGAUCCCUUUAUGAGUUGUUAUGGGGAUUAGACUGCACAUACAUUUCAUGCACUCAUUUUUCUGUGUUUAACAGGUACUCAUUUACGAAAGCCAUAAUCAUUGCAAUGAUCUGCACGUUCUUUGAUGCCCUCAACAUCCCCGUCUUCUGGCCUAUACUGGUCAUGUAUUUUUUCAUCCUGUUCACACUUACAAUGAAGAGACAAAUCAAGGUAUGCCUCUGAUUUCUUAACAUUCUUUUUUUUUCUUUUUGUGCUGACUUGAACAGUGAAAAAAACAACUAAUUUUUGUUGUUGUUAAAGCAAAUUUACCUUAUUUUACUGCCUUGUUUUGCAAUUUGUAACGCUAGAAGUCUAAUUUUUUUACAGUUUUAAAGCCCUUUACAUCUAGAUAAUUCCAUAGAUUUCCUAUGCCUUACGGUCAAACAAAAGGUCUUAAUACACUUCCAUUUAUAUUUUUCAAAUUAAAAAGUGACAAUUAGAAAAGUAUUCUUACUGUAAUUUUUAAAAAAAAUUAAGUCAUAUUAAGAUCAAAUGUGAGCGUGCUAAUACUCAUCCAAAAUCCUCAUCAAAAUGAAACAAGAUGUCAACAGCUUAAAGCAGCAUAUAAAUACCGGUAUAAUUAUUAAUCAAGCCAACGGGUUUAAAUUGGAAAGGUUGUCCAUUUAAAACUAUGUGUACAUGUGCUAAGAAUCGGACACAUUGUGGCAAGACAGGACUGUGUGCCUGUUAAAUAUGUGUCUUCUCGCAAAUGAGAGUUGAAAAAUAUUAUAUUUUAAAAGGUCUGAGUUUCUCUAUUUUUUUUUUUCAAUCAACAGCAUAUGAUCAAGUAUAGGUACCUCCCAUUCUCCUACGGCAAGGCCAGGUAUAAGGGCAAGGAGGACACUGGAAAGGUUGUUCCCUCAUAAUUCUGUCUUGGAUUAGGUUUAUAUUUAUACAUCUUGUAUGCCAGCUGUAUCUUAUCACAGGUGUUUACAUUUAAAUUCAUCUACUAUUGAGUACUGCCAUCGUAUGUUUAACUUGAGCUUUUGCCUCUCUGAAAAAGGCUGAUCGUCACCAAUGCUAAAUUUAACAGCUGAAGGUAUAGAAUGCUAAUUUGUAAUUUCACAAAUUUGAAUGUUGUUUAUAUCAUUUACAAUAUUAAUCAACAGGAAAUUAAUAUUUGAUAUUGUUUAAUGGCUGGGGCUGACAAUUUGUAACUUUAAUUUUUUUUUUUAAGAAUAAUUAAGUCCAACUUAUUAGUUUUUCGUUUGUUUUUAAGGCUUUUGUUUUGUAAAAUUUGGCAUUUCUUAUAAAUGCUAACUGCUUUGUUUCCAUCCAGUCUUUUACAAUCUUUCUUUGCAAAUGCAAUCCCUUACGCCUGCAGUGAUACAGGACAUAUUGGAACAGCCAGCCAUAUUCAGUUAAAUGAAGACCUAUUAAGUUAUUUUUUCAGACAUGUUCAUGAUUUAUAUGUAGAGAGUAGCUCUUAUGUUUGACUGUUCUUUUCUGAAAACCCUUGGAAGACAGAUGAAAAACUUCGUCCAGCCAGUACAAAGCUUAAAAAGUGUAUCAUUUUUUUACAUUUUUUUAUUUAGUCAUUUGCAUCUUUUUGAUUGGGGAAAAAUUUAACACCCCCACCCCCCAAGUAUUCUGCGCUUCCUUAUAGCUCAUUGUAAAUGAAUUUUUGCGCUGAAUGCAAUUAUUAUAGCAAAUAAUUGCUCUUCAAUUCUGGUAGAAAUAAUUUCCUUAGAGUUAGAGUAUUUUUAUUUUGAACAUUUUUUUCCUAAAGUAAUUAUUUUUAUUGUGUAAACAGAAAGAUUUUUUUAAUGUAAACCCAUUUGUGUCAUUGAUUCAUUCACAUACAUGCCAACCUGUGGACAUCAAAAGCUUUGUUUAAAAUUUGUACAACAGCAUGAAAUACCAUACAAAAUGUAAUUAAAUUUGAAAUAAGUAUGACAUAACUUUUUCAUAAUUAUUUUAUCAAGGUCAUGAAUGCAUGCAAACUUAUUUCAUGAAUAAUCCCCCCUUCAGUUCCCACAUUUUAAAAUGAUUUCGUGUAGAUGAGAUGUAUAGCAUCUUUCAAAUAAAUAUAGCUUGUUUUCAGACUGAUUUUCAUCAGAUUUGAAUUUUUUAUACACUGGUCAAUAGCAGUUUUGUUAAAAAUUGACAUAAAUGAUGAAUUUGAUAGCAAUUUAGAUGUAACUAGUACUAGCCAUAUUCUUUAAUUAAUUAUGCUAGCUGUGGUAACACAGUGUAUUGUAUUUAAAUCAAUGAAGGGAAAUAUUUUUUUUCUGUCUUGACAACACAAACUUAUUUUACUUAAACAAUUUAUAAACCUGUUUUUCAUCUUACUACGGAGGAAAAGUCAUGUGGGUUGUCUUUUCAUACCUAGGCUCUAUAUGGAUAUAAAGACGAUUCUAUAGUAUUAAUGAAUGGUCUCAAUGGAACCUUGCUCAGUGUCUAAAUUUAGAUGGCCUACCAAUUACAAACUUUGGGCUAAAGGUCAUUUUGAACUGACCAAUAGGAUUUCACUUUGAAACAAGUUGAAUUUAUUGCACUGCCACUUAUGUGUAGUGUGCAAAAAAUCAUUUUACACGUUUUUUUUUGUGUCAAAGCCUUGGAAAAACUAUUAAAAUCUGUACAGACGUACUGUACACCUUUUAAAAUGCCUAAAACCCAAACAAAGUAUGAGUAAACCAUACAAGUUGGCAUGUAUGCAUCUAUUUAAUUUUUUUUUACAUAAUGUCUUUGCAGAAAAUCUUUUUGUUUCUAUUAACUACUACUAUUAUUGCUUUUACGAUUCAUAUAUAUUAUAUGAAAAAAGUUUAUUGGAAUAGAACAGCUGAAAUUGUUUUCAUGAUGAGUUGUGAAUUGGAUAUUUUAGAUUUUAAUUUUGUCAUAGUCAUUGAUAGAUUGUAUUGGGUUAGAGGUCAUUGUUAGUUUCCAUUCACAAUAAAAGAAAGGAAAAAAAACUUUUCUACUCCUGUUUAUCUGACACACAGAAAAAACAUGAAAUUCGGCACUGGUGCAGUUAUAUUUUUAAAUACAGUGACCCUGAACCAUACCUGAUCACAUACUGAUGAAUGUAUUUAAAGUUAAGAUUUGGAUGACCUCAUAGUUUUGAGUCUUGUUUAUCUUUACAAAAUAUAAAGGCUUGAAGAUAUUGCGCUGUUUAGAAAUUUUGCAUAUCAAACCUUGUAGAUUUUUUUAAAAAAAUAUGUUAAAAGUCCCUUUAGUGAAUUAAUUACAGCUCUCUUGUGUCAUUGCUUUGCUAGUUUGUGUUUAGAAUCUUAUGUUUUGUACAGUGGGGUGGUUUCCAUUACAAUGAACUUUAAAAUUAUCCUUGAAGCUCUCUGGAUCUGUUAACUAACCUAAUUCAACUGUCCCAAUUGUGCACACGUCUUACCUAGUCUUAUAGGUAUUUCAUGAUUUAACAGCUGAGCUAAGAAAUGAAACAUCCCUGUAAAGGCAAAGCCAGUAAUACCAGCAAACUAAAGCUGCCAUCUUUGAGAAGGCUGGUCCCAUUGUGAGUGUAUUUUCCUUGUUGCAGCCCCGAUGAUUAAAAGGUCCAGCUCAAUGAGAAGUUGCCCGGAAGUACAUCUUCGUAUGGUGUAAUGUUAUAAUAAUCAUAGAUUUUUUUUUUCUCUCACUGUGAAUAAUUGGUUAAGUAAACUCAUUUUUGUACAUGUACAGAGUUGUUUGUUUGGUGGAAUGGAAUUUUGUGUCAAGUUACCCGUCACUGUAUCAGUUGUGAUGUGAGCAAGAAGGGAUGGAUGGGACUUCUUAUAAUUUUUUUCUGUAAUAUAACUUAUAACAAUACGUGUUAAAUGCCUACACAAAAUGGAAAUAAAUAUUAAUAUGUAAACUAAUUUCUUACCUUUAUUUUUUUUUUUUUAGUUCAGAAUAUCUGGUUUAGGUUAGUUUUUUUAUUUUUAUAACUCUUACUUUGUUAUAAGGUCCAUACCAUUUUUUAAGUGAUACUGAUCCUCCUCUUGGUGGGGAGCAAUUAGUCUUUGUGUAUCUGUUUUCAAUUUUUUAUCAUUACAGUAAAUCAGUUAAACUUAAAAACUUAGGAAAGUUCUUGACUUAUUUCCAUCAUUUCAUUUAUAGUUUUUUCAACCCCUUUCCUACCACCUUUAAAUUUAAUGAAACCAAAGCAUCAUACAUUUUUUUAUAAAGCCUUUUUUGGCCCCCAUUUUUUACAAUUAUUUAACUGCUGGGAUUUUAAGAGUGAACAUUCAAUAGUUUAUUCAAUUUUUUGCUUCAGAUCAUCACUUAUGAAUCAGUGCUAACAUGUUAAGACAAUAACUAUGUGAUAUUUUUCUUUUAAGCUUAAAGAUUAAUUUUUAUUUCUGAUAGGGUAAUAAAAUAUCAAUUAUUGUUUAAUUUUAUUUUUUUAAAUGGGACAAGCAUUUCCAAUUGAUAACUCAAUUUUGUUUUACCUGAUAUAAAAAUUCACUUUUUUUUGUUUGUUUAAUGCCUCUACUCCGGUACAUUGUACUCUCAUUAUUAAUUUCCUUUCACCUAUUUCACACAUCCUCAAAAUUUAAACUUCAAACCUGGGCUGUGUAUCUAUUUAUUUUUUAAAAUUUGAGACUUUUACUUCAAUCAAUAGUGUCUUCCAUUGAAGCAAAAAAUUUAUUUUGUCCAUUAAUAUAUUUUUUUUUUAUUUUUUGUCAGCCGUGGGUGAUGAUCUAUGACUAAUUUUCUUCUGAAAAAUGUCUCCCUCCUCAACUUUUCUUAAAGAGGCCUUUCAGCAGCCCAGGGUUUGUUUACUGUCCAGUCGUAACAGGUUAAAGAAACAAUUGCUAUUAAUGCUAUACUAUAAGCUCACCUUGUUUCACUGUACCAAAACAUAAAGGCUGGCCAAAUACAUAUAACACAACUUUCUCUCCCCAAAGCUACCUCCAGUGUCCGAGGUCUAGCGGUCGUAUGCGUGUCUGAUCCAUUGGUGCUCACUACCAAUUUAAAUCCUUCUGUGGUGUCGCCAAGGUGCCUCGGUGGAUGCAUGUUGUGAGGAUUGUCAUGAACAUUAUCCAAAGCCUAAAAGAAAUAAACAUUGAUCAACUUAUUUUGUACACAG